AUGUCCUGGGAGCUCAUUCCGCCCGCGGAACUCAACCUCGCUGAGAAUCAUGAAGCCGGCGAUUUCGCACCUCCUGCUCUUGCCUCUGAGGCUGGCAGCGACUCUACGCAACAAUCAACCACUGAUUCGGUUUCUCCAGUUCCACUUGUACAUCUUGUUUCUCUUGGCAUUUGUGUAUGUCCCAUCGGCACCGCUUACCAACCCGCUCUAGUCGUCGUCGUAGUUGCAAGACCCAAGACCGAAGCAUUUAUUCCUCUCGAGAAACCUCCAGUCAUCGAGAGAUGGCCCGAAGGAGCCCUCUCAUACCCAGUCGUGUUCACCAUGAACAACCAGCUUUUCUGUGGCCCAGAGUCCAUCAAUACCCCCGGCGGCGAUGACAAGACUACCUCAGCAUACAGUCUCUACCCAUAUAUGAUCGAACCAAACCGACGUAGACAGCACUCCUUCUUGGGGUCAAGAACAAGGCUGGAGAACUAG